AUGCCCGACAUCAGCGGCUAUGAAAUCUUUCACUUUGUCUGCGACGCCCUUCUCUUCGUCACCCUCGUCGCCUCGAUAACCUUUGCCAUCUGCGCCGCCGUCCGGCUGCAUCGUCGCCGCGACCCAGCCCGCAGAGUCUUUUCUUGGGUCAAGAUCGCAUGGCUCCUCUUCACCAUUGCCGUUUUCACCAGCUUCAUCGAAGCAGCAACUGUCACCGUCACAUCUCGCGUCUACCAGGCGGCGUAUUACUCCGUCAGCGAUGUGCAGGACGAUGAGGUCGACUUGAUCGCUCGCAUCUCCUCUGGUGCUUCCGCUCUAGCCCAUUGCUUCAACGUCUUUGCAGAGGUAAUCGUCUAUCUCACUCUCGCUAGCUUCAUCCGAUGCAUUCGCCUUGCCGGCCCUCACGACGAGAAACAUGCCCGUCGCCAUAGAUGGUCUCGAUACUCCGCCUACGUUAUUUCCUUCGGCAUCACCAUUCUUUCCCUUGCCGUCUUUAGUGUUGGCCUCUACUGGGUCGUUUUGUCAGAAAUCUCGUCGUCCAGCAACGGUAUUGCCUGGGACAGAUACUACAACAACUACAUCGUUGCCUCAGCGAUCAUGUCUCUCAUAUGCCAGGCAUUCCUUGCGUUGCUCGCUAUUUCUAUGCUGAUCCGCUCUUGCGUCUUGCGGCGCAAACUUCGCGCUUCAAAGUCGCUGCAUAAACCCAUGAGGUAUCUCAUCGCCUGCUGCAGCCUCUGGGUCGUGCGUGCUGCCUUUGAUAUCUACUCCAUCGUUUUCCAAACAAUCGCCCCAGGCUACUUUGCCCCAUCGGUCGACGCCGUCACCAGUUUCAAUGAAGUACUAUGCGUCAUCUUCAUGACAUGGCCUGUUUUCAUCAUUCUCGUCAUUCUGUACUAUCUGGGUCUGGAUAUGAAGACUGGACUCUUGUCCACCGGCAGCCCGUUGCUCAUGGACGAUGGCGAAAGUCAAGCAGCUUCUUCGGAAUUCCUGUCCCCGGAGCAGCCGAUUGUUACGCCGAUGACUGAGCGCACCACUGCCCCAACUUUGACUCCCGUGUCCCAACGGCCGGAGAGCUUAUUCGCGUGCGACGGCCUCGCUGACGCACCUCCUGAGUAUUCUCCGCCAGCUGCGCAGCACAAUAUCGCUUCGGGCACUGCAGCUCCACCUUUGGCCCGAGUCCCCAUUAUCAGACGGCCUGUUGCCCCUCGUGCUACAGAAUCUGGAGAGCAGGGACGACAAUCGGAGGAAGCGUCCGAGGUGCCUGCCCGUCAACUUGGUACUGCAACACGGCAAGCCGCAGCUCCUUCACCAACGGACAAUACCACGCAGACGUCCCCACUGCCCCUCGAACGUAGUAGUUCGGACGAGCAUGGCACGCAGGCUACCAGUACUCUAUCGGAGGGUGAGUCUAUGGGCCUUUAUCAUCAAGCCGAUGGCCGGGCUCCAGAAUCAGAGUUAUCCAGCGCGUUGCCAUCCCACGACGAAGCAAUGGGCUUAUACCACCAAGCUGAUGGUCGACCCCCAACAUCGGAAGCCAACUCGUCGGAUGUCUUGCCCUCACACGAAGAGAGCAUGGGCUUGUUUCACCAAGCGGACGGCAGGCCACCGGGGGUGGGUAGCGGCGUUGUGCCCCCAGACAACUCCAAUGCCGUCGUUUAUCAUCCUUCUGCCGACAGACCGGAAACGAUGACUGCCCCUCCUUCGCAUGACGAAGCUAUGGGCUUGUAUCACCAAGCUGAUGGCAGGGUACCCGUCUCGGAAGUGCUGCCACCAGAAAAGGAGAAGCAGAAGAAUUAA